AUGGGAGGCACCGACUUCAUCAUCGGCUGCGUCGGGAAACCGUCGGCAGGCAAGUCGACGUUUUUCAAUGCCGCAACGGAGGGAUCGAAUGCGAAAGUCGGGAACUUCCCCUUCACCACCAUCAACCCCAACGAGGGGAUCGGUUUCUUCCUUACAGACUGCCCGUGCACGAAGAACCCCGAAUGCCAGUGUAAUCCCCGCUACGGCCGCUGUCUCCAAGGCCGGAGGUACGUCCCCGUGAAGCUCCUGGACGUCGCGGGUCUGAUUCCUGGCGCGCAUGAGGGCCGCGGCCUGGGAAACAAAUUCCUCGACGACCUCCGCCACGCAGAUGUCCUCAUGCACGUCAUCGAUGUCUCGGGAACGACAAACGAGAAGGGCGAGACGACGAUCGGCUACGACGCCAGCCAGGACCACGCGUGGCUGAUGGAGGAAAUGCAGCUCUGGAUUUUCAACAACUUGUGGAGUCGCUGGGCCUCGAUCGCCCGACGGCAAAGAGCGACUGGCAGCUCCUUGGUGCUCACUUUCAGCCAGCAGUUUAGCGGGUACGGCGCUCAGCAGCCGCUGAUCGAAGCGGUGCUGCGGACCUUCGACGAGCGCGUGAGGAAAUGCCCUGUUGUGCCUGCGACUGAGCCGACCCGGCACGACGGCGACUGGGAACCGCACAAUCUCGGCAACGACUUGACGGUGUGGGACAAAGAGCGCGUCAUGGAACUGGUUAAGACAUUCGUCGAGCUCCGAUUUCCCUUUGUCCUGGUCCUGAAUAAAUGCGACGUGGGAGGAGAUGCCGACAGGAAUGUGAUGAAGAUCUCUGAGAAGUUUGCGAACCAGCCGCUAGUCAUGUGCAGCGCCUUGGCCGAGUGCUUUCUCCAAAAAAUGAAACAGCAGAAAUACGUCCUCUAUGAGGAAGGAGAUGCGACGUUUUACACUCGAGCAGACGCGGAUGACAAAUUCUGCAUGAUGGACGAGGCCACGCGCGAGAAGGCACGAAAGCUGAAACCCAUGGACGAGAAAAAUGCUGCGCGCCUGGAGAAGAUCAAAGACAUGGUCAUUUACCGAUACGGCUCCACUGGCGUCCACGAAGUAUGUGCUCGCCCCACAAUUUCCUUCUCCGGCACCAUCCGCAGACAUGUUCCCGCAACACGCAACGCGCGUCUAAAUUGA